AUGUCACUAAAAAUAACAGGAAACUUCAACAGACCCCGGGGAAAAACCCUCUCUUCGCUUGAUAUUUUCUCAAUCGCCCAAGACAUUUCAGGUCCAACAAGGCUUCAAGGAAGGCUCUUGGAAGCUUUUAACGAUCACAAAGCUCAACAGACUAGUGAAAUCCUUGCAUCAGAGUUGCAAUCAAGAUGCAAUAUUGCUGAGAACGGCUCUAAUGACUCUGGCCUAAUUUCCAUCAACCAUUAUGAUUUCAGCUCCCAGGAAACUGAUAGGGACGUUUCUGUUGGUGAGGUUUCGGAAGAAGCCACGGAUUCAACGGGAGAUAGCCAAAAUGAUUUUGUUUCCGACGAGGAUGUGAAAGAUCUUGCGAGGCAUGGAUUACCAUCUGCUUGUAUUUUUGUAGCUAAUCUCGCAGCCACCCAGACCGACGAUCAACUCAUGAAGAGCUUACAGUCCCACUUUGGAAAAUUUGGAAGGCUCCAUGUCAAAAUUCGUAGGGAUACCAAAGGCAAUCCAUAUAGCUUUUGCCAAUUCGAGUGCGACGAGACUGCAAGAUUAGCCCUUCGUGAUGGUAGAAAUGCUAUAAUCGACUCCACUGGUCGUCGCAUCCGUUGUGAACCGGCAAAGGUUAAUAGGACUCUCGUUUUAAGUAAAAUGGAUAGUAAAGUUUUCAACGAAAAUGAUGCCCGCAAGAUUCUUUUUGGAUUUGGUGAAACCGAAACCAUGGAAUUUGCGAGGGAUGGGGACACAUUACCCGUGCGAGGAACAAAGGAAGGGAGAAGGUGUUUUGUUCGGUUUGCUUACAGACAAGAUGCUGUGGAUUGCUAUCAGUAUUUUCGUCAUCACUGCACAUGGACUGCUGAUUGGACGAGCAACUUUUCGGUACCGAAUAUCAUUCCACGCAUCCAGACCGUUGAGAUUGAUCCUGUUUCCAUAUUCAUUGGAAAACUUAAUCCGGAUUUAAUUGGGGAGAAUGAGCUCAGGGCAAGAUUCAGCAGGUAUGGCAUGAUUGUUGAAUGCAAUCUUGUGAACAGGGCCAGCAAAAACGGGAUUGGACGUAAUGCCUUCGCAUUUGUAAAAUACGAAGCUGAAGAGAUGGCAAAUAGAGCUUUGGAGGAAGAGAACAAUUCCCUAUUCCUUGGAAAGCAGAUCCAUGUUCAAAAACGCGAAAUUCACAAAAAACCAAUUCGCAUGGCUCCGCAUCCCCCUAAUGGCCUCCGCCUUGGCGGUCCUGUGACAAAUAGUCAAUUAUCUCAUAUGGACCAAGUUAGACGAUUUGGUGUCCCACAAUCAUUUCCAUUCUCUAUGGAAGCGGUCGCCGACCUUGCCGCACGCCUAAGUGUUCAACUUGCGGAACAACGUGAUCAUAGCCGCCGUCCGUCGGGAGCUUCAAUGUUUUCUAACCAGUCUGUUAUUAGUCAAAUGCCAUAUGUGUACUCUAAUGAUCAAAUGGUAAAUAGGCAUGGUGUAUUCCAGGGGAAUAUUCCUGGUUUGACAUUUCACCAGCCCUUCCAACAUGGAUACUCAGGAUUCCAUAAUGGAACAACCCAUCAGCCCAUUGCUCAAGAGACUCCUAUUUCUCCACGGACGGUACAAGCCACGACUCAUACUCCCCAAGACCCACCAGUUUUUCGCCAACAGGUAGAUGAUGCUUACUCGGGCGCAUUUCCUCCGGCAAUUGUGCCUCAUCUUCAAUUUCAACAGACUCAAAAUCUGGUACCUCAUCUUGCAAUGAUGGAUAAUAGCCAUCAUAGGGAGAGUGUUAUCUCUAUGUUGCCAUAUGACCAAACCAACUGUUACGGACAAUACGGAAACGGUUACACAGCCCAGACGGGAUAUCACAUGCAGCCUAAUCAUCAUCAUGGCGGACCCUAG